AUGGAUGAACAUUCACAACACUUGUUCACUUGUAUAUCAUGUUCCAUCGCAUUUGUCUCCGCAGAGGAGCAGCGCGUACAUUACCGUUCAGAUCACCAUAGAUACAACAUGAAGCGUAGGGUGGCUGGUCUACCUCCAGUCAGCGCCGCUGUCUUCAAUGAAAAGGUCACCGAGAGACGUACGGAGACCGCGAUCAUGUCUUCAUUGAAAGGAUCUGUAUGUGAAGUGUGCAAUAAAACAUAUUCCACAGAGAAUGCGUAUCGAUCUCAUAUCAACUCUAAGAAACACAAGGAAACCGAGCUCCAGGCAAGUGUCAAGCUCGCAUACAAGCUCGCAAAGAAGGACGGACUAGAGGAAGAGUAUGAAGCAGAAGUGAAAACAUUCAACAAGAAUCCUUCUAAAUUGGAGUCCCAAGAGACACCCGUUCCCCUCGACGUAAACGAUUCUGCAGAAGACGAGCAAAACCAAACAAUCGACCAAAAAAUUGCUGCUGCCCGUUCCCGACUAUCCCCCGCCCACUGUCUCUUUUGUUCAUCUGAAUUCUCUGACCUCCAAGCCAACCUCCUACACAUGGCCUCUGCGCAUUCUUUCUUUGUCCCAGACGCCGACUAUCUUGUUGAUGCUGAAGGAUUAAUCGGUUAUCUAGGCGAAAAAAUAGCUGUCGGGAAUGUGUGCCUUUUCUGCAAUGAGAAGAGUCGAGAGUUUCGAACGUUGGACGCUGUUCGCAAGCAUAUGGUGGAUAAGAGUCAUUGCAAAGUCGCAUAUGAUACGCAAGAUGAUCGGCUGGAGAUAUCAGAUUAUUAUGACUUUACGUCUUCUUAUCCUGAUGCUCAUUUACGGAAGAAGAAGGCGAACGUCGGGGAGGACGAAGAAGAAUGGGAAGAUAGUGAUGGUAGCGACUACGACGAGAUAAUUGAAGUGGAUGAAGACAAAGAGGAGUCAGACGAAGAAGACCUUCCAGGUGGCCAAGUCACGUACGGCGACUCGCAGUACGAACUUGUCUUACCUUCUGGCGCACGAAUAGGUCAUCGCGGUAUGCGGCGGUAUUAUGCGCAGUCUUUUCCCGGUACCCCUCGUGGAGAAGUCGAUCCAAAUUCUGGAGCUGCCAUUGUACGCCGUUUACUCGGGGACAAAAAAUCGCUUCUGGUCCCUCGAAAAGGCGGUUUUGGCGCAUUUGGAGCUGGUACAGAUGUUGUGAAGGCACGCAACAGGGGCGAAGCGAGAGAAGCCGGUCGACACAUACGAGAAUUCCGUGAUCAGGCAAGGCGCGAAAAUUUCAAGACCAAAGUUGGAUUUAGACAUAAUGCCCAAAAGCAUUACAGAGAUCCACGUAAGUUCUUGUCCUUUGUGAAUCUCCGCCGAGUUAUUUAUCAUCAAUCUCUAGUCCUCCAAUGA